AUGACCUUCACUCCUGUCAGAGGUGACCUUGGUUAUACAGUCUACUGUCGCGCUACCAACAUCCACAACCCCUCCCCAGUGCAGUCUGACAGCACCCGGAUAGGAGUGUGGUUCGGUCCAGAACAGGUUGAUGUGACAAAACCAGACAACUCUGUAGCUGUAGAGAACAGUACCCUGACCUUGACCUGUACUGCCUCCACCUACCCAAACGUGACCUUCACCUGGGACCAUAGUGAUGGGACGCCUGUAGGUGGCAGCACGGGGUCAGUGACAGGAUCUUCUACCUGGUGGUACCAAACUUUCACCUCCAGGCCAAACAAAGACAAGACAACCGUGAGAUGUCAGGUAAGAAACACACGGACGUUGACAACUAAGACUGGUUCUGUGUCACUGGAUGUCAAAUACCCACCACGUGCCCUUCCUUCCAUCACACAGUUUCCGGCUCUGAUGUUUGAAGGAGACCCACAGACAAUCAGCUGCUCGGUGACAGGAGGAAAUCCUCUAGCUACGAUCACGUGGUCCUGUCCUGGCACUGGAUCAGCAUCGGUCAGUGACAUUGGUCAGACAAGGACAUCUACUCUCUCCUUUACUGUCAGCAGGAGUCAACAUGGUCAACAGUGUCAGUGUCUGGGGGCGUGGCAGUAUGGAGGAUACAACUACACUGAUGUCAGGACAUUCAAUGUCAGCUGUCCCUCAAACCCGGAACCGCUCAAAGCCGACUGUAACAUGACAGGUGUAAUAGUAGGCGCCACAAUAGGAACCCUACUUGUUACUUUGCUGAUUGAAGGAUUAGUUCUAACGGUUCUCUACAGGAAGGGGUUUAGGUUUGGAAACAUUUUCAAAGGAUCUGCUUCACCAAAAAGCACCAGAAAUCCUGAAACUGAAGAAAUAGAAAACAUAGCAGGAUAUUCAUCCCUUGAUCACAUCAACAGUUCAGCUCAGUCCUCAAGCAUGGAUACAGGGGGUUCAGAAAGACAACAUUACACACAGCUGAAGGUUUAUGAGAAUACAAACGUUGAGGCCAAAGCUGAGGCAAGUACCUACGAAGACAUGACAGAGACGCCUCCUGCACCAUACGAGUCCAUCAGCGAAUCUCCAUACCAGAACAGCGGCUCUCAACCUUGAGAUCUUCACUUUGGGAAUGCGUGGAAAAAGACAUCUGACACUUGGAUGAAUAUGACUGCUUAAACUUCCUUUUGUCCAAAGUGAAGGACACCUUAUAAUGUCUUUGAUCUAUAACAGAUGAGUUUAUGGGAGGAGAUGAAACAAUAAAGGAUUGAACCAACAUCCAAUCCCAAUGCGAGCUAUCUUAACUUACUUUAAUCGAAUAGAUUGUAGUAUUAAAACACAAAACAUAGCAAUAUCUUAUGUCACAUGACAUUGGAAUCUGACUGGUUGACACUAACUUUCUUGCACAACCUUGUGUUCAUAUUGAGGGAAUACCUUAGAAUGUUUAUUACGUGUGUUAAAUCUGUAACAUAUGAGUUCAUGUGAGGAGAUGUCACAAUGAAGAAUCUCAUCCAGCAAGACAUAUUGACCCAAUAUCGCAUUUGCUUAAGCAUGUUAAACAUCUAAAUGUAAGUACAUUUUCCUUACCGAGGCUCAU